AUGGGGAACGUGAGUGCCGUCUCUGAGUUCAUCCUCCUUGGUCUGUCUGCUGAUGCUCAGGUCCAGGCUGUACUCUUUAUGGUUUUCCUUGUGAUCUACGUCCUGACCCUGACGGGGAACUCUAUGAUUCUGCUAGCGAUAUCGACUGAUGCUCGCCUCCGUUCUCCUAUGUACUUUUUUCUGGGCCACCUCUCCUUCCUGGACCUUUUGUAUUCGUCAGUCUCCAUGCCCAAGAUGCUGGAGAAUCUAGUGUCUGAGAGGAAAACAAUCUCCGUGAAGGGUUGUCUGGCCCAGGCCUUCUUCGUGUUUGCCAUUGGAGGCACCGAGGCUUUGCUCCUUGCGGUUAUGGCAUAUGACCGCUACGCGGCCAUUUGCCAUCCUCUCCUCUACCACCAGAUGAUGAGCAACUGGUUCUGUCAGGGGCUCGUGUGGGGGUCCUGGAGCCUGGCCAUACUGAACUCACUCAUUAAUACCCUCUUAGCUGUGAAUUUGGACUUUUGUCACCAUGGAACCGUACACAACUACAACUGUGAGCUUCCUUCCCUCUUCCCUCUCUCCUGCUCUGAUGUCUCCACUAACGUCACUGCCUUGCUCUGGACUUUUCUCGUACACGCCUCUGGAACCUUCCUUCUCAUGGUAUGUUCCUACGGCUGCGUUUUCUCCACCAUCCUGAACAUGAGCUCCACCAGGGGCAGAAGCAAGGCUUUCUCCACCUGCUCCUCCCACCUCACCGUAGUGACCUUGUACUUUGGUUCCGCCUUCCUGCGCUACGUCCUGCCGACCUCGGGGUCUCCCGUGGAAACGUUCUUCUCUCUGCAGUACAGCGUCAUCACUCCCUUGCUGAACCCCUUCAUCUACAGCCUGAAGAACAAGGAGGUGAAGACGGCUAUGAGGAAGCUGCUCGGAAGAUGCUGCCAGCAUUUUGGGUAUGUUGGUCGGAGACGCAGGGUGAAGUCUUGA